AUGCCGACCAACAUCGACGAUGAAGACUUGGACAACGCUACCACGAGUCAUCCCGCGAACCGCCAUGGCCCAACGGAUAUGAUUAUCUGCUUGAUUACCAGUGGACUGGCCAGAUCUCUGGUAAAGCGAUCUAAUAUUGGCGAAGCCAUACUCGCAAUGGAACUAAACGCCAUGUCAAGUUCUAGCAGUCAAGCUCAAGGCUCCGGCAUGACCAAGUUUGUGGCCGAUGUUGAAGACUGUCUCGGAAGCAUUGUUAAAGACUAUUGCGAUCCAGCGGCGGGUCCUCUGCAUGUAGCGGCAUUUCAGAUCAAGUCUGCCAUGACCCAGAAAAUCUGGAUGAUGGCUCGCGGUCCUAGACGAGGGCUUGCUGAGACGUCUUCCCACAAAGACCGCGCGAACAACUUAUUUACACUAUCUGUGGAGGCGGCUGAGCAGUUCGCCAACCUCCUUCGAGUAAUGGAGGAUAGUAACUUCCUAUGGUUUGUCCUCCAGUAUUUUGAGCAAGAUCUUUUUACCUACCUGUUGGGUCAACUUUGUCAUCGGAAGACUGUCUACGGAGGUGGCACAGUCGGACUCAUGGGAGAGGUGGCCAAGACCCUCGUUUCCAUUUCCGGACCAGACACAGCCCAUGGCAUCAUCCCCGAGCCCUUGGUCAAGUUUGAGCGCGAUGAUACCUACCGCAGCAUCUGUUCUGAGAACAAGAUGCCCAUCCCGGACAAGAUGACAUACGGCCGUACCACAGUUGUGAAAGAUAUGCAUACCCGCAAGCGCAUGAUGGCCGAGGAACUUGUUGCGGGUGGUCCAGGAUCCGGUUUUAUUGCGCUCUCUGGAGGAUACGGGACAAUAGAGGAGAUUCUGGAAGCUGCCACGUGGGUUCAGCUGGGUAUCCACUCGAGGGGUGUUUGUCUUCUGAAUAUCGAUGGAUUCUUCGAUGGAAUCUCGAAGUGGAUCAAACAGGCUGCAGAGGAGCAGUUCAUACGCGCAGCCAAUGCUGGUAUUUUUGUGACGGUGCAGACUCCCGAGGACGCCAUUGACGCACUCCUACAUUAUCGAGUCCCAACAUCUAUAUAA